UUUAUAAUAUAAAAUGUCAAAAAAUGUAUCAAGUAAUGUCGCCUGUAUCAACCAAUAGCAGCACGUUAUUUAUUUGACGGUUUUUCAUUCAGAAAUUUUACUUAUAUUAUAAUUCCUGUUCUUUUCCCACUAACGUAAUAUUAGAUUUUCUGUGGAUUUUUUUGCUUCAAUAAUAAUUCUACAUUUAGAUUCAUUUAAAUAUACCAUGCAUUUAGUUAUAAUACAGUGACAGAUAAUUAAGAAUUGAUAAUGGCAUCAGGGUUAGAAAGCUACGUAAAUCAUACAGUUUCUAUCAUCACUUCAGAUGGUAGAAACUUUAUUGGAACAUUAAAAGGAUUUGAUCAAACAAUUAAUAUUAUAUUAGAUGAAUCACAUGAGAGAGUAUAUAGUACAACACAAGGUGUAGAACAAGUUGUUUUGGGUUUGCACAUUAUCAGAGGAGACAAUGUAGCAAUUGUAGGAGAAUUAGACGAUGAAAUGGAUGCACGGUUAGAUUUGUCAGCCAUCCGAGCUGAUCCAUUAAGCCCUAUCACGCAUUGAAAAAGUAUUUAUUAUAUGAAAUAUUUCACCGAUAAAGACAAAUACAUUUGUAUUUGUACAAAAGAUUAACUCUUGGAUGAUCAUACAAAUGUUCAUGUUUUUAUAAUUAUAUUUAAUGUACUUGUAUUUAAAAAAGUUUGCAGAGCAAAUACACAAUUAUUUACAUUAUUAAAAUAAAGCCAAAAAAAUAACAUCCUAUAUCAAUAAACUGUACAAAUAUCUUAUAAUAUAAUAAACCACAUUUUUUGAUAAA